CUCAGCUCUCUCACACCGGCGGAGUCUCUGACAUUCAUCUGUCGUCAGCCUACAACGUGCUGUGGCGGAGUUGGGCAUCUUUCCUCCUUAGGGCACUCAAAUUUGCUGUCGCAACAGCCUGGUCAUUCAGAUUUUAUCUGCGCUUCUGCCAGGCUCACCCUCGCCCUUCCGCGCAGUGUCGGUCCGCUCUCCUCCGUUAACGGAGACAAUCUGAACAGCGACCAUGUCCACAACAACAGGAGCAUUCAUCGCUGGAGGUAUCGCAGCAUGCGGAGCAGUCACGGUCACCCAUAGUUUCGAGACGGUGAAGAUUCGUCUGCAACUGCAGGGAGAACUUCAGUCCAAGAAUGACGCCGUCAAGAAAUAUCGCGGUGUUUUACACGGCGUGAAGGUCAUCUUGCAGAACGAGGGUCCUCGGGGUCUGUUUCGGGGAAUUGGUUCAGCUUAUAUUUACCAAGUUCUGCUCAACGGUUGCCGUCUUGGUUUCUAUGAGCCAUUGCGCAAAGGCCUCACCACCACGAUAUAUAACGAUCCCCAGGUGCAGUCGCUGGGUAUCAACGUCUUUGCUGGCGCUGCAUCGGGUAUCAUCGGUGCCGCUGCUGGGUCGCCCUUUUUCCUCGUCAAGACGCGCCUGCAAUCGUUCUCCCCGUUCCUCCCCGUCGGUACGCAACACAACUACAAGAACUCGUUUGAUGGACUGCGGAAGAUCUAUACCUCGGAGGGAAUCAAUGGUCUAUACCGCGGUGUCGGCGCAGCCAUGGUGCGCACUGGCUUUGGAAGCUCCGUCCAGCUGCCGACCUAUUUCUUUGCCAAGCGUCGCUUGACCCAGCACCUGGGCAUGGAAGAUGGUCCAGGCUUGCACCUGGCCAGUAGCACGGCGUCUGGCUUUGUUGUCUGCUGUGUUAUGCACCCGCCUGACACCAUCAUGUCGAGAAUGUACAACCAGACUGGCAACCUUUACAAGGGCGUCUUCGACUGCCUCUACAAGACCAUCAAGACGGAGGGUGUGUUGGCUAUCUACAAGGGAUACUUUGCCCAUCUCGCACGUAUCCUGCCUCACACGAUCUUGACCCUCAGCUUGGCGGAACAGACCAACAAACUGAUGCGCAGACUGGAGGACCGGUUCCUCUCCGAAUCGCUCAAGGAGAACUUGUAAUCACGACACUAUAAUAGCCACAUUAGCAUACCCUUGGAUUUGCGGCACAUAGAGAUGUUUCGGGACAUUGUUUUGGUUUUGCAUGGUUGAACGUAGCCUGCGCCAGCUUGCUUUGGAGUGUAUGUACAUAGGGCGUUCUGCUUGGGCAACCAUGCCGUGUCUUAGACUUGCCAUAUGAAAGAUCGUUGAAUAGAUAUGUUUGGG